AAAUAUUUAAAAAAAUCCAAAGGAAAUGCAAAAUUAUAAAAAUUAUUAUAUUUAUUUUAUGUAGAAUAUUUAAUUAGAAAAUUUUCAAUUACAUAUACUUUGAUUCAAACACGAUUAGUGUAGAUUUGAUAAAUCUUGACAUGUUUCAAUCUAAUUUAAGGUUUUGUACAAUUAAAAUGAAAUAUAAACAUAUUCCAUUUAAAUUUAGACCAUGUUUCAGAAUUUGAAAUAUUUAUAUGUAAAUUCAAUAUAUAUCUAAUAUUAUAUUAUAUUAAUUAAAUCUAAUAUAUAUAAUAAAUAAAAAUUAGAGGCUUAAUUUAAUUUAAUUUGUGUUUAGUUAUUCAUUUGGAUCAAUCAACUCGAAAAUUAUUAAGGUGCAAACUAAUCAAUUUGAAAUUUUAUCAGAUUAAGUAUUUGCAACUAUAAUCCUACAAAACUAACGGAUUGUUAAAGUCAAUCCACAUAUUUUGAACUGUGUUCAUAUGUCUAUAUAUAUUAUAAUCACCAUUUUGAAGCUUGAUCUUUAAUAUGGAGUAAAUACCAAUAAUGAUAAAUUAAUUUUGUCUUUUUGCUAAGUGAAGGUGAAUGAUUUUAUUUACCUUUUAAAUUAAGGAAAUACCUGCUUGAAAAAUGAAAAUGGUGAGUGGCAAUUUGUGUGAGUUUUUGACUGAAGAGGAAUCCAAAUUGACUCCAAAAUUGACUCAUGGCUGCUAAUCGCGAUGACCCGCUUUUGCUCCUGAGUGGGCACCACCCCUCCUCCUCCCCCAUCGCCGUCUCCGACGCCGACAGCUACCUCCUCGAUGGCCCCCAAAUCGGCAGCGCUUCCGGAAGCUUCCAGAACGACGGCAGCAUACUCGGUGGCGCAUACGAUUCUGCUUUUCUUAACGAAUCCGAUUUCGGAUUCGCCCGACCCGAUUUUAGGCAGUCCCCGCUCGUCGGCACCGUCGAGCUCUACGACCGCCACGUCUUCCUCUGCUACAAAAACCCUCAGGUCUGGCCUCCCCGCAUCGAGGCCGCCGAAUUCGAUCGCCUCCCUCGCCUCCUCGCCGCCGCUUUGGCUGCCAGAAACCCUUCCAUGCUGCAGCAGACUCGCUUGACAAUAUGUGAGGGACAUGAUGGAACCGAGACAUCAAAUGGUGAUGUGUUAAUAUUUCCGGAUAUGAUCAGAUACAGGAGAUUAACGCAUUUUGAUGUCGACACGUUUGUGGAGGAAGUGCUUGUGAAGAAUGGUGAAUGGUUGCCUGGAAGUCCAGAACCUCUAAGGGGCUGGUACAUCUUUGUAUGCUGCCAUGGGUCAAGGGAUCGACGAUGUGGUGUAUGCGGACCAUCUAUCAUUAGUAAACUUAAAACUGAGGUUGAGUUACGUGAUCUACAAGGAAAAGUGUCUGUUAGCCCCUGUUCACACAUUGGAGGCCAUAAGUAUGCAGGGAACGUGAUCAUUUUUGGACCAAAUAUGAAGAAAGAAGUCACAGGACAUUGGUAUGGAUACGUUAUGCCUGAAGAUGUGCCUCUUUUGCUUGAGCAGCAUAUUGGUAAAGGAGAAAUUGUAGAUUUCUUGUGGAGGGGACAGAUGGGAUUAUCUGGAGAAGAACAGAAGAAAACACAGGAAUUAAGGUUCAAGGUCCAUGGUGGAUCAAGUAUGGAUAGGAGCUUGAAGGACUCUACACAAACAAAUGAAGAAAGUGGUAGAGUGUGUGAAUCUCAAAAGCGGGGCGAGGGUUGUUGUCAGGUCAAUGGAGACUUCUCUUGCUGUCAGAACCCCAUGUUAGAAGAGAAAAGAGAAGAUCCUCCAGUUGUACCAAACUUUGCCACUGAAACUAAGAAGAUCUCCAAAAAACCCGUCUCACGGAAAAAUAGUGGCAAAGGGGUUGGCCCACGUAGAGUCUGCUCAAUGCCUACGUGGUAUGAAAGCUGGGAGAGGGAAGAUACAUAUGCUGCUCUUGCUGUUGUUAUGGCUGCUAUAUCAGUUACAUUUGCCUACAAGUGCUACAGGCAAUCAAGCUAAGUUCCUGGUAGCAUUUGCUUAUGUUGUAUGAUCAGAGAUGGUUGCACAGUCGCAGUGAGGAUGGGUGAAGACAAGUGACAAGAAAGAAAACAUAAGUUUCCGGGACGGGCAUGGAUGUUCGGUAUUUCAUGUCCCUUCCUACCCUUCCUUGUACAUGUUGAGUAGUUUGUACAGGUGCAAUGGCCAUGCUACCGAGUCAUGACCAACUAUUGAACAUGUGGCCAAUGCGGACACCUUUAUAAGUAUAUAUAAUGUACUGAUUCUGGUGUA